UUUUUCCCUUUUACAACUUCUUGGACCUAUUAUUCCCCCCCCCCCCCCCUCAGUGACGAUGGAGCGACCUGUUCCUGAGUGGUCGUAUCAACUCACGCAAAACUUGAUCCGACCGGCCUCUUCCGUAGGCUCUUUAUCGGCCAAGACCGACGCUUCAGUUUCGAGACCUUCGUCGGCGGUUUCGGGGUUGGCACCGAACGUAGCAGCAUCGCUGCAUCAACCCAAAUCUAAGGAUCCUGACAGUAGGCCUUCAUCCCAUACAUCUACCGCUCCUCUUGUUUCCAGUUUGCCAGCCAACGCCAUUCAAUUUCAUCCUGUCACCCAAGCCGAUGCUGAUUCUUCCUUUGGACGAUAUAUUGACCGCUCAUUUCAACCAUCUCAUGCCAACAUUCUUAAAGAUCGUCUUCCCACCAUUUCUACCCCGUCACCAUCCGUAGAUAAAACCGGAAAGGGCGUUGCUAACGCCGAACCAAUGUCUCAUUUUUGGGCCAACCUUGCGUCUCAUCUGUCCGAGCAAUCGCUGGAUCCUCCUCAUAAAUCAGAAGCCUUUCACUUACACGAUGACCGGUCAGGGAACGGACGGGAAGAAGACGAAAAAACGCCGUGGUGGAUGAUGCGCGACGAUCAGGAUGGAUUCUAUACGAUUGGUGCGCUCUUAUUUUUAUUUGGUUUCAUUUGUCCGCCGCUGUGGUGGUUGGGUUCGUUUUGGCCCAGGAAAAUCCAGCAACGAGGAGGAAAGAUGGCUGAACGAUGGCAAAAACUCAACCGUGUCAUGUCCAUCGGGUUUAGCGUCAUCGUUAUCAUAGCGAUUAUUGUGGUGGGAAUCAUUUAUGCCACCACCAAAAGUUAAAAUCUUCAAGGGGAAAAGACAAAAAGGAAAAAAAAAAAAAAAAA